AUGCAUCGACUUUUUGCUGAGCUGGAGCCAUCUGUAACCGUCACCGAGCAAAACCUGGCAGACCGAGUUCGGUAUAUCUUGCGCUCAAAUACAUUUGAUGUCACCGAACUCGAACGGCUACGACGUGAGGCUGUUCCUUCAUCGGGUGAAAAUGCUGCGGCUGAGGAUGCGGCGCCACAACUUGCUGAGCAAACGGCAAAUGUGGAUGCCGCCGUGAAUACGCCAGUUGUGGUUGAUUCAAACGAUGAUGGAACAGUCGCCCAGGAACUGGAACUAGAGCAAAUGAGGAGUACAUUGGAAGAGGCGAUUGUGGAAACGCGCAGUACACCUCUCGAAAAUCGACCGCGACUUCCCCACUCAGCCCUAAGCAAACGGAAUCGGGCUGUCGUGAGGGCUCUGAACCCAAUGCUGGUUACCUAUUUGGAAGCCAGCCGGGACCUUUGCGAGACGGACUCAAUUCUUUUUGGCGCCGCACUGGCAGUCUGCCGUAUUAUAGGCGCCAAACUUUCCACGGCUGGACGCGCUACUGGACAAAGUAGUGCUAUCCCAGCCUGGAGAAUAAGAAUUGAAGAACGUAUCGCAAAGGCUAGGGCCCUCAUCGGCAGACUGAUAUGCUUCAGGUCAGGCAAUACCAGGCCAAGGAUUGUGCGCACCGUCAGGAUGGCGUUUGCUGGGACAAAUGUUAGUUUGUCCCAGCCGGAUAUAAUGCAAAAACUGACGGAGCGCAUAGACGACCUGAAGCAAAGAAUAGCUGCUUGGGGAAAGCGGAUUCGGCGAUAUACCGAGAGGUCGACACGGUUGAACCAGAAUCGUCUCUUCCAGAGUGAUCAGAAGAGGCUCUAUAAAUCAUUGGAGCGACCAAUAGUAAGUGGAACGGGCCCUGUACCAAAUCAGGCCGACACGGUCGCAUUCUGGCGCAGCCUGUGGUCAGAGCCCGUAAACCACAACGAGGGCCCUUGGAUGGAAGUUGUGGCGAGCCAGUGUGCGGGUAUUACGCCCAUGGACCCCGUCAUCAUAACGCCGGAUGACGUAGCUGAGGCGGUCCGUAGGGCCCCGAACUGGAAAAGUCCGGGGCUUGACGGGCUGCAUCACUACUGGCUGAAGGGGUUCAUGAUUAUACACAUGGUAUGUCCAAGAUCUGAACUGCAUGAAGUAAGUGAACACAAAGACGCUAAAGCAGCUUCGAUACUGUCAUUACUUGUUCCUUUGCCUAUAAGAAUAUACCUAGAUUUCAAUGCCGAUAAGAUCCAUACCACAGCUUAG